ACGAGACCCUCUUAGCUCCCUUUAGGGUUUGGUGGGGGCUGUGCAUUUGGGUUCACAAGCUUUAUGCAAUUUCUUUCAUAGCUAGCCGCUCUCUCUUCCUCUCCACAAACCCACUAUAUAAUAUAUAUUCUCUUCCACUUUCCUUCAAACCCCAUUUCCGCACUCGCCAAAAUCUCACAAUACCUGCAAUGAGAAGGGGGUGUUCAAGAAUGCUGGAGGUUCUUGUUAUGGUGGCCCUGAGUUCUUGCUUGGCUUCUUCUUCUUACGCUGCUAACUUCUACCAAGAUUUUGAUAUGACUUGGGGUGGCAAUGGCACCAAGAUUUCUAAUGGAGGCCAGCUUCUUUCCUUGUCGCUAGACACCACUUCUGGGUCUGCUUUCCGGUCCAAGAAAGACUUUCUCUUUGGCAGAGUUGAGAUGGAGAUGAAGCUCGUUCCUGGAAAUUCUGCCGGCACUGUUACUGCCUUUUAUUUAUCUGCUCAAGGACCAACCCAUGAUGAAAUAGAUUUUGAGUUCCUCGGAAAUGUCACCGGCGAACCUUACGUCCUCCAUACCAAUGUCAUCACUCAGGGCAGAGGCGGCAGAGAGCAGCAAUUCUACCUAUGGUUUGACCCAACCAAGAACUUCCACACCUACACACUCGUUUGGAAGCCCCAACACAUCAUUUUUCUGGUGGAUAAGAUUCCCAUAAGGGUGUUCAAGAAUGAUGAAGAAAUUGGGGUGCCAUUCCCGAAUAAUCAGAGCAUGAAGGUAUACUCAAGCAUAUGGAAUGCAGAAGCCUGGGCCACAAGGAGUGGGGAAGAAAAGAUUGACUGGUCCUACGCACCGUUUACAGCUCAGUGCAGAAACUUCCAAGCCAAAACCUUCCCCAGUUCUCACCAGUUCACUAAUGGAGAAUGGGAAAGCCAAGAACUUGAUGACCAUGGAAAAAGCAGGUUGAAAUGGAUUCAGAAAAAGUUCAUGGUCUACAAUUAUUGCACUGACUUCAAACGCUUCCCAAUGGGCAUUCCUGGAGAGUGUAGAAUACCCAUGUUUUAGUUUUUGAUUUAGUUUUUCCACGAAAAAAUUAACAUUUAUGUAAAAAGAAGAAUUGGAUCUGUAAAACUGGAAAUUGAACGUUGGAUGGAGAGUUUGUUUAUUUGUUAUUUUAUUUGUGCUUAAAUAGUUUAUUGCUGACAGAAGAAGAUUAUAAAAUGAAGGGAAUAUAUUGCCGAA